AUGACCACCACCGCUCCCUACAAAAUCGCCAAUCCCUUCAGAAUCGCCAUCAUUGGAUCUGGAAACUGGGGAACUGCCGUCGCCAAAUUGGUGGCGGAAAACACCAACGAGAAGCCAGAACUCUUUGAAAGAGACGUCAACAUGUGGGUGUUCGAAGAAGAGGUCAACGGCAAGAAGUUGACUGAAAUCAUCAACACCGAGCACGAAAACGUCAAGUACUUGCCAGAAGUCAAGUUGCCUGAAAACUUGGUGGCCAAGCCUGACAUUGUCGAAACCGUCAAGGACGCCGACUUGUUGAUCUUCAACAUCCCCCACCAGUUCUUGGGCAGAAUCUGCAAGCAAUUGGUGGGCCAAGUCAAGCCAUCGGUCAGAGCCAUCUCCUGCUUAAAGGGGUUGGAAGUCGGCCCCGAAGGCUGCAAAUUGUUGUCCCAGUCCAUCACCGACACCUUGGGCAUCCACUGUGGUGUGUUGUCCGGUGCCAACAUCGCCAACGAGGUUGCCAGACAAAGAUGGUCCGAGACCUCCAUUGCCUACACUUUGCCCAAGGACUUCAAGGGUGAGGGUCAAGACAUCGACGACUACGUCUUGAAGCAAGCCUUCCACAGACCAUACUUCCACGUCAACGUCAUCGAGGACGUGGUGGGUGCCUCUAUUGCCGGUGCCUUGAAGAAUGUUGUCGCCAUCGCCGCUGGUUUCGUCGAGGGUGCUGGAUGGGGUGAUAACGCCAAGGCUGCCAUCAUGAGAAUUGGCUUGAAGGAAACCAUCCACUUUGCCUCCUACUGGCAAAAGUUCGGAAUCAAGGCCUCCACUCCUCCCAACCCAUCCACCUUCACCGAAGAGAGUGCUGGUGUUGCUGACUUGAUCACCACCUGUUCUGGAGGUAGAAACGUCAGAGUUGCCAAGUACAUGGUUGAACACAAGGUAGAUGCCUGGGAAGCCGAAAAGACCUUGUUGAACGGCCAAUCCUCCCAGGGUAUUUUGACUGCCAAGGAAGUCCACGAAUUGUUGGAGAGUUUCAAAUUGCAACACGAAUUCCCCUUGUUCGAGGCCACCUACAAAGUCAUCUACGAAAACGCCGAUGUCAACGAAUUUCCAGAGUUGUUGGAGUAA